AUGGAUCUGCGCUUAGUGAUCGUAUUUUGCUGUGCGGUUUUACAUCUCGAAUUAGUGCAAUGCUACCGUGCAGUGAAAAGAGCGCCUGUUGCGGCUACCAAAACGUUCGGGAGCACGACUGCAGCAUCUAGCAGUGCGAAAAAAUCACCCUUGCUAGAGAUAGUGCUCCGCAUUCUAGACAGCAUACAGAUUGUUCCCAAGAAACGGUCAAGGCGGCAAGAGCAAUCCCAAACGCUUCCGCUACCACCAUUGUUUGGGAGUGCAUUAUUCGGUGGGCGGGAGGAAAAACCGUUGCUGGCACUGUCGCUGGAAUCGGGCGAAGCAGUAACUGUGGGAGCUCCGUCGCCUGUCGAUCAGUUUGGCGAUGAGGAGGAAGAAUUUUACCCGCGAAAGGGCCAUUCGCUACGACGGAUAACAAGUUCUAAGCGGUUUUACGAUAUGGUUCUGGGCGUGCUGCAAGUGCUCGAAACACAAGCGCGCCAGAAAGUGCAACGUGCCCGGGAACAGCGGGAAAGCGUUCGAUCGACAUAUGACGACGAGGAAGACGAGCAACCGGCCUAA